UCCUCUCUCCUCCCUUCUUUCUUUAACCUCUCAUACGCACACUCAAAGCUAUCCCAUGGAACAGAGGGCCAGCACGCAGGCUACCAGAAGAAGAUCACUCACUUGAAAUAACUUUUCAACCCCCUUGGUAACCGGGUAACCCAAAACUAACCAACCAAGAUGUCGAACUUUUCGCUGAGACCAAAGGGAUUAACUAAGUACGCGAGAACAGUUAUUUAUUUUUCAUAAAAGGCAUGAGUUUUUUUUCUUCCAGAAAUUUUCGCUUUAUGGGACGUAUGUCACGGACGGCCGUCCCAGGAAAAACUGAAUAAAUCGAAUCAAACACAGGCAAGCAUAGCAUAACGCUUCGCUGGGUCUCAACCUGCAGCUCGGUUUAACCCAUCGGACGGGCCGACUUCUCUGCGUGGACGGUGACGGUGAAAGAUGCCAGAAUGCCCAAUCUAAUCCCCCGUCUGCUGCUCGUCUGGCUGAUCGUCCACAAGCUGGUGUGGUGCACCGAGCGCUCCUCCACACGGGAGCGCUUCAAGGUGGUCAUCGCACCGCUCAUUUGCAAACGGAUCUGUUACGCUAACGGCCACUGCCAGGAUACCUGCGAGCAAGGCAGCAACACCACACUCAUAGGAGAGAAUGGACGGGCGGGAGACACGCUCACGGGGCCAGGGUUCACCGUCGUGGUGUGCCCUCUGACCUGUCUGAAUGGGGGCGUGUGCGGCUCCAGGACUCACUGCCAGUGUCCGGCCGGCUUCACGGGUCGGCUCUGCCAGUACACCAGCCAGCAGAGCCAGCAGGCCCAGGCGGCGUGGGGCAAUAAGCAGCCCGUCUACCCCGUGUCGGUGAAGACGGACGGGAAGAAGCAGGGUGACCAGUCGGGCCUGGGGCGCGGCCAGCUGACACACUCCGUCUUCACCCUCCCUCUGGCCCAGGGGGGGGCGCACUCCUCAGAAGUGCAGAUCAAUGUGCGUGUUCACCACAACACCGACACCUCCGUGGUCAUCCAUCCCCUGGACCAAUCAGACGUCACGAUCCCCAGCAAGACCGUGACGCAGAGACACAAGCCGAAGGGGCGGUGCUUUCAGGAGACCACGCCCAAACAAGCCUGUAACAGCACCCCCCUGCCGGUGCUCACCAACCAGGAGGACUGCUGCGGCAGCGUGGGCAACUCCUGGGGGCAAAACAAGUGCUACCAGUGCCCCAAACUACCAAACGCGUCGGUGAAGCACACCAUCGUGGAGGACUACGGCUCCACCUGCCCUCAGGGCUACAAAAGGUUCAACAGCACCCACUGCCAAGACAUCAACGAGUGCACCAUGCAGGGCGUGUGUCAGAACGGCCAGUGUAUGAACACCCUGGGCAGCUGGUGCUCCUGCAAGCACGGGCUGGUGCUCGACCGCAACCGCUGCGUGGGAGAGCAGCCCGGCUGGAGCCAGUCCCCUGCUGAGUACGCUCAGUGCUACUCCAUAGCUCCGCUGGACGGCCGCUGCGGGGGCCGGGUCCUGGGGUACCUCACCCAGGAGCUGUGCUGUUGCACCGUGGGUAAAUCCUGGGGGAAGAACUGCGAGCGCUGCCCCGAGGAGGACACUGCUGCCUUCCAGAAGAUCUGCCCCGGGGGAAAAGGCUACUUCUUCCAGAAAGUGAGGAAUACCUUUGCCUUCCCUCCCUUGGUGUUCCCCAGUCCGGAGAAAGGAUACAACAAGCCAGAAACCAAGCCGGUGCUGCCCCCUGAGACCACCACAGCUGGGCACCAUGUAACAGCCAGUACACACAGUCCCCGCGUGCCUGUCGCCAAACCCACUACUUCACCGAUUAUUAGGCUCAACCCACCAUACAUCCCCUUGGAAACUCAGACCAAAGUAUCAGAGACGGACGUGUGUAAGACGAGCAGGUACAUCUGUGGCCACGGGGAGUGCGAGAGCACGGCCAGCGGACACACCUGCCACUGUAACCCUGGUUACCGCCUGCACGCCCACAGGAACAUCUGCAUAGACGAGGAUGAGUGUGCGUCAGAGCCAUGCGGGGCUGGCAGGGGCACCUGCGUCAACACAGACGGGGCCUACCAAUGCCACUGUCACCAUGGCUACAAGCCCAUGGUGAACCAUGGGAGGCUAAAAUGUGUAGAUGUGAACGAGUGCUCUAAGCAGGGCGUGUGCGGGCCGGGCGGGCGCUGUGUGAACCUCCCUGGCUCCUAUAAAUGUGAAUGUCACAAAGGCUUCAAGGCCCACCGGACGCAGACAUGUGAAGACGUGAACGAGUGUGCGGACCCCAACGCGUGUCCCGGGGAGCAGUGUGAGAACAGGCCGGGGUCCUACGAGUGUGUUCGCUGUCGGCCGGGCCACGAGGCGCGGGGGGGCACCUGCUACGACGUCGACGAGUGCCAGAAGGCCGGCGUGUGUCUCAACGGCCGCUGUGAGAACUUCCCCGGGACCUUCCGCUGCCUGUGUGACGAGGGCUUCCUGCCCUCCGCCGACAGCAAGUUCUGCCGAGAUAUUGAUGAGUGUGAGGACAACCGGCUGUGUGCCAACGGGCACUGUGUGAACACGGAGGGGUCCUUCCACUGUCGCUGUUAUGAGGGCUACCAGCGCACACAGGAAGGGAGUCACUGCGAAGAUGUGAACGAGUGUGAGAGGGCGUCUAUCUGCCACCGGGGGCGCUGCAUCAACAGCAUGGGCUCGUUCCGCUGCGAGUGCCAGAAGGGCUACAGGCUGGACGGAGGCCGACGGUGUCUGGACAUCGAUGAGUGCUUGGAGGACCGAAAUCUGUGCAAGCCCUUCGGGUUGUGUAAGAACCGGCCGGGGUCGUACGUGUGCGAGUGCAACUACGGCUUCAUCCUGUCUGAGGACAAGCACAGCUGCGAGAUGGUGGCGGUGGAGCAGGAGGAAAAGAAGGAGUGCUACCUGAACCUGGACGACACGGUGUUCUGCGACAGCGUCCUCGCCACCAACGUCUCCAAGCAGGAGUGCUGCUGCUCCAUCGGGGUGGGCUGGGGAGACCACUGUGAGAUCUACCCCUGCCCUGUCUACCACUCCUCUGAGUUUGGCUCCCUGUGUCCCGUUGGCCGAGGCUUCUACCACGAGGAGGGAACCACCGAAUACGGUCUCUCCCUGCACCGGGACAUCGACGAGUGCGUGCUGUUCUCCAACGAGAUCUGCAAGGAGGGCCGCUGCGUCAACACCCAGCCCGGCUACGAGUGCUACUGCCAGCAGGGCUUCUACUACGACAGCAACCUGCUGGAGUGCAUCGAUGUGAACGAGUGUGACGACGCGUCGCAAUGUCACCACGGCCAGUGUGUGAACACCAGGGGGGCGUUCUACUGCAGCUGCCAAAGCCCCUGGAGCCCCGACGCCACCAAGAAGAAGUGUGUGAUCGCCACCGUGUCCGGUGUGGACGAGUGCCAGGACCCGUCUAACUGUAAGAACGGCCACUGUGUGGACACCCCAGGGUCCUACUAUUGCAUCUGCUCCCCCCCCUGGACCUUGGCCACCGACCGCAACAGCUGCGUCACCCCUGAGGAGCAGGCCGAUGUGAAUGAGUGCCAGGACCCUUCGUACUGUAGGAAUGGGAGGUGUGUCAACACGCCCGGCUCCUUUCACUGUAUUUGCAACCAGCCCCUCACCUUCAGCGCUGCGCUCAAACAGUGCGUCUAUGACGACCGCACGGCGGCCCACAAGGAUGUCUGUUUCCGGCAGCUGGACGAGGACCUGAUCUGCAGCAUGCCCCACAACGACCUGGUGGUCACCUACUCCGCCUGCUGCUGCCACUACGGCCGCGGCUGGGGGCCCGAGUGCCGCACCUGCCCCCCGAGGAACUCAGUUUUUUUCACCCGCCUCUGUGAGAUGCACCUGGAGACAGAGUCAGACGGCGAGUUGGACUUCCUGCCUGCCUUUGCUUACAACCCGGGUAGCUUCUACAACCCAGGUGACAGCUCGGAGGAGGACUCAGACGAGUGCAGCUGUGCGAACGGCCGAUGUGUGCGCUCCUACCUGGGCACCAUGUGUGAAUGCAACCCCGGCUUUAGGCUGGACUCCACUCGCACGCGCUGCAUAGACAUCAACGAGUGUGCAGAGCCAGGGGUCCGCUCCAACCCCUGUAAGAACGCCCGCUGCGUCAACACCAAGGGCUCCUUCUCCUGCGUCUGUAAGCCCGGGUUCGGGCCCACGCGCCGGCCCAACAUGUGUAUGCGCACCAAAUUUCAGUAACAGCCGCCCGCGCAUCGCUUAAGUCCUUCUGUUUCUAUAUACCGUGCAUGUCAGCGCGCGCGCGCCCGUGCUGCACUCCUGUUUGACGGAUGAGAUGCGUCACUGUGCUCG